CGUUACAGCAGCAGCUCGGCCCCUCCCCGUGAUCGCUGCUCGGUCCGGAACACACUGUACCCGGACAUGCUGCAGAUCACACGGGUCCUCAGCCGCUCCUGUGCGGGGCUCCGCUGGCAUCAUUGCUCCGUGGCAGAAGUGAAGAAUGAGCCGAUCCUGGAGUACAGACACGGCAGCUCCGAGAGGGAAGCUCUGCACAAAGCGCUGCAGGAGCUUAAAGGCAAGACGGAAGAAAUCCCAUGCGUCGUGGGAGGAGAAGCUGUGUGGACCGAGGACGUGAGAUACCAGCUUUCGCCCUUCAAACAUGGGCACAAAGUUGCCAAAUACUGCUACGCAGAUAAGGACUUGCUGAACAAAGCAAUCAAUGCCGCUCUGUCGGCGCGCAGGGAGUGGGACCUGAAACCUGUCCAGGACCGGGCACAGAUCUUCUUUAAAGCGGCAGAUAUCCUGAGUGGCCCCAGGAGGGCAGAGAUUUUGGCCAAAACCAUGAUCGGACAGGGGAAGACCGUGAUCCAGGCUGAGAUCGAUGCGGCCGCCGAGUUAAUCGACUUCUUCAGAUUCAAUGCCAAGUACGCCCUGGAACUGCAACACGAGCAGCUGAUCAGCGUACCCGUCAGCACCAACACCUUGGUCUACCGCGGACUGGAGGGCUUUAUCGCGGCGGUCUCACCAUUUAACUUCACGGCCAUCGGGGGUAACCUGGCCGGAGCGCCUGCUUUGAUGGGGAACGUGGUUCUUUGGAAGCCCAGCGACACGGCCAUGCUGUCCAGCUACGCCGUCUAUAAAACUCUCCUGGAGGCCGGCCUGCCGCCCAACGUUAUCCAGUUCAUCCCGGCCGACGGUCCGGUAUUUGGAGACACCGUCACCGGCUCGGAGCAUCUGUGCGGGAUUAACUUCACCGGCAGCGUGCCAACCUUCAAGCGGCUCUGGAAACAAGUAGCAGAGAACCUGGAGCGGUAUCGGACCUUCCCGCGCCUGUCUGGAGAAUGCGGCGGUAAAAACUUCCACUUUGUGCACAAGUCGGCGGACGUCGAGAGCGCCGUGAACGGCGUCAUCCGCUCGGCCUUCGAAUACGGCGGACAGAAGUGUUCCGCCUGCUCCCGGCUGUACGUUCCGGACUCUCUGUGGCCCCGGAUCAAAGCCAGGCUGCUGGAGGAACACCGCAAGAUCAAAGUGGGAGACCCCGCGGAGGAUUUCAGCACUUUCUUCUCCGCCGUUAUCGACGACAGAGCUUUCCGGCGGAUAGCGGGUUGGAUUAAGCACGCAGAAACUUCCCCCAGCCUCAGCAUCCUGGCCGGUGGAAAGUGUAACGACGACGUCGGAUAUUACGUGGAACCCACGAUCAUCGAGACCAAAGACCCCAAGGAGAAGAUUAUUAGCGAGGAAAUAUUCGGGCCGAUCCUAACCGUUUAUGUCUACCCAGAAAACAAGUACAGAGACGUUCUGCAUCUAAUAGACUCCACUUCUCCGUACGGCCUCACGGGGGCAGUGUUUGCACAAGACAAAAGCGUCAUCGAGGAGGCAUCUCGGGUUCUGCGAAACGCGGCGGGGAAUUUCUAUAUUAAUGACAAGUCUACAGGAGCGGUAGUCGCCCAACAGCCGUUUGGAGGCUCGCGAGCGUCUGGCACAAACGACAAACCCGGAGGCCGCCAUUACAUUCUGAGAUGGACGUCACCUCAAGCCGUCAAAGAAACGCACGUCCCUCUGACUGAAUGGACGUACCCCUACAUGCAGUGAGGAGGGCCGACGUCGGACCCCUGUAUCCAUCGGGGGGAGAUAUCGGUCCCCACGUCACACGUCUGCUACGCCACGGGAACGUCUACAUGUAAAAAACUAGAGGACUGUUUUAAUACAAAGAUAUUUUACGAAAUGUUUCUAUUUUAAAGGAAAAGCAAUUACUUCUAGAAGGGAGGGAAUCGAGUUUUUACGUCCGGCGUGCACUUUGUAACCCGAGAGGAAUGUUACCAGAAAAA